UUCCCCAACUUUCCCUCAUCAUUUCCAUUCUUCCCUUCUGGCAUUAAGAAGGUGUGUGUGUGUGUGUGUGUGUGUGUGUGUGUGUGUGUGUGUGUGUGUGGUUUACGGACAAGACUGCUUUGGAGGAGGGCUGCCUAGCGGGAUUGGGGAAGAAUAAACCUGACUCUGUAAGGCUCAAAGGGCUGCACAGGAGGGAGGAAGACUGCGGCCAACCCCAGCGCGGAGCGCCUGCCUUGGUGCUGCUGCCCCCAGUUUGCCGCUCCAAGUUGCCGGCGAAGGCUGCCCUCCAGCUGCAAACCGCAUCCGCGAGGGGGCUGGCCCGGCAGGUGCUUGGUGAAGAGGCCGAGAGAAGCCGCCAGUGCCCCCAGCCCGUCCUUGCUCCGAGUUCUGGAUGGGGGCAAGAUCCCCCUCCUCCUCUACCCCCCCCUCACCUCUGCUGCCACUCUUCUCUGCCCCCCACCCCCACCUCUGCCAACUCCUUUCGCAAAAGCCUCCAUGAUGUCAUGGGGAGGAGGGCUCCGAGUGUCCAGCACCUGAAGGCAUCACUGGACUGCAUUCUGCAGCAUUUUAUUUUCUUCCUUCCACCCAGUUUUCCUUGCAAUCCAUUGAAAACAUCCUCCACCAAACAUCACAAGCAGUGCUCCCCAGAACCCCACUCCUGCAUGAACAGACAGGGCCAGGGGUCCCGAUCCGGAGCAUCCCACCUCACCCCCUCCCAGACGAGGAAGAAAUCAGCAGAGGGGCCCAAGGAGCCUCUCGCCCGCGGGUUCUGAGCUCUCCUCCCCUCUCAGCUUACCCUUCCCGCGGGGAGAAGAAGAGAAGGAGGAAGGAGCAGCGCGCUAGCGGGCGCAGACAGCCCCUAGACGUAGGGCAGCUCUGGGGAGCAGGGUGCGGGAUCUGGGCGCCUGUCCCAGCCUCCUGCCUCUCCUGCCUCUCCUGCCUCUCCGGAGGGCCUGCCCUCCGUCUCCCUCCCUGGGCUCUGCUCCCCACCCCUUCCGUUCCCGCUCACUCCCUUCCACCUAACCCCACCUUCACUCUCCUCUCCGAGGGGGGAGGGCCGGGGGUGGGGAAAGAAACCCCCAAAGCCCCAGCCCCGGGCCGAGAGAUGUCGAAGAAACGCAAAGCCCUCGAGGGUGGAGGAGGUGGAGAGUCCCCGAGCCCAGAGGAGGAGCCCACUGCCUGGUCUGGGGGCCACGGCGGCCAGGAGCAAGCCAGCUGCUGUCCCUUCACACUGAGAGGUGGGAGCAGAGGACCGGCCUUGCUGACUCUGAGAAGCAGCGCGGACUCCUGGAAGCAGAUGAGCGAUGAGCCAGCGGAAGGCAGAGGGGAGUCCUGCCACGCAGCAGGUUUGACAGAUGAAAAAGUGAAGGCGUAUCUUUCUCUCCAUCCCCAGGUGUUGGACGAGUUUGUAUCGGAAAGUGUUAGUGCAGAGACUGUAGAAAAAUGGCUGAAGAGGAAAAACAACAAACCAGAAGAUGAGUCGGCUCCUAAGGAAGUCAGCAGGUACCAAGACACGAAUAUGCAGGGAGUUGUGUAUGAACUCAACAGCUACAUAGAACAGCGGUUGGAUACAGGAGGAGACAACCAGCUACUCCUCUAUGAAUUGAGUAGCAUCAUUAAAAUAGCCACAAAAGCUGAUGGAUUUGCACUGUAUUUCCUUGGAGAGUGCAAUAAUAGUCUGUGCGUCUUCACUCCGCCUGGAAUCAAAGAAGGACAGCCCCGGCUCAUCCCUGCUGGGCCCAUUGCCCAGGGAACCACCACCUCUGCCUACGUGGCCAAGUCCAGAAAAACAUUGCUAGUGGAGGACAUCCUUGGGGAUGAGCGAUUUCCGAGAGGUACUGGACUGGAGUCGGGGACUCGUAUCCAGUCGGUGCUCUGUUUACCGAUUGUCACUGCCAUUGGCGAUUUGAUCGGCGUCCUCGAGCUGUAUCGGCACUGGGGCAAAGAAGCCUUCUGUAUGAGCCACCAGGAGGUCGCGACAGCCAAUCUCGCCUGGGCUUCCGUAGCAAUACAUCAGGUGCAGGUAUGCAGAGGCCUUGCUAAACAGACCGAACUGAAUGACUUCCUACUUGAUGUGUCCAAGACAUAUUUUGAUAACAUAGUCGCAAUAGACUCUCUACUUGAACACAUAAUGAUAUAUGCAAAAAAUCUGGUGAAUGCAGACCGCUGUGCACUUUUCCAGGUAGACCAUAAGAACAAGGAGUUAUAUUCAGACCUUUUUGAUAUUGGAGAGGAAAAGGAAGGAAAACCCAUCUUCAAGAAGACCAAAGAGAUAAGAUUUUCAAUUGAGAAAGGGAUUGCCGGUCAGGUAGCAAGAACAGGGGAAGUCCUGAACAUUCCAGAUGCCUAUGCAGACCCACGCUUCAACAGGGAAGUGGACUUGUACACGGGGUACACGACCCGGAAUAUCCUGUGCAUGCCCAUCGUGAGCCGAGGCAGCGUGAUCGGCGUGGUGCAGAUGGUGAACAAGAUCAGCGGCAGUGCCUUCUCGAAAACGGACGAGAACAACUUCAAGAUGUUCGCCGUCUUCUGUGCUUUAGCCUUACACUGUGCCAAUAUGUACCACCGAAUCCGCCAUUCCGAGUGCAUUUACCGGGUGACGAUGGAGAAGCUGUCCUACCACAGCAUCUGCACGGCCGAGGAGUGGCAGGACCUCAUGCGCUUCAGCCUCCCCGUGCGCCUCUGCAAGGAGAUCGAACUAUUCCACUUUGACAUUGGUCCUUUUGAAAACAUGUGGCCUGGAAUUUUUGUGUACAUGGUCCAUCGGUCCUGUGGGACAUCCUGCUUUGAGCUUGAAAAGUUGUGUCGCUUUAUUAUGUCUGUGAAGAAGAACUACCGGCGGGUGCCGUACCACAACUGGAAGCACGCCGUCACCGUGGCACACUGCAUGUACGCCAUCCUGCAGAACAACCACGGGCUCUUCACCGACCUGGAGCGCAAAGGACUGCUGAUCGCGUGCCUGUGUCAUGACCUGGACCACAGAGGCUUCAGCAACAGCUACCUGCAGAAGUUCGACCACCCGCUGGCGGCUCUCUACUCCACGUCCACCAUGGAGCAGCACCACUUCUCCCAGACCGUGUCCAUCCUCCAGCUGGAAGGGCACAAUAUCUUCUCCACCCUGAGCUCCAGUGAAUAUGAACAGGUGCUUGAGAUCAUCCGCAAAGCCAUCAUUGCCACAGACCUUGCUCUGUACUUUGGAAACAGGAAACAGUUGGAAGAGAUGUACCAGACCGGAUCGCUAAACCUUAAUAAUCAAUCACAUAGAGAUCGUGUCAUUGGUCUGAUGAUGACUGCCUGUGAUCUUUGCUCUGUAACAAAACUAUGGCCGGUUACAAAAUUGACAGCAAAUGAUAUAUAUGCAGAGUUCUGGGCUGAGGGUGAUGAGAUGAAGAAGCUGGGAAUACAGCCUAUUCCCAUGAUGGACAGAGACAAGAAGGAUGAGGUCCCACAAGGCCAGCUGGGCUUCUACAACGCCGUGGCCAUCCCCUGCUACACCACGCUCACGCAGAUCUUCCCGCCCACCGAGCCGCUCCUCAAAGCCUGCAGGAACAACCUCAGCCAGUGGGAGAAGGUGAUCCGAGGGGAGGAGAGCGCCGUGUGGACCUCAUCCCGGCCCGCGGCCCCCGGGCCCUCGGAGAAGCUGCCCGUGAAGGUCGACGACUGAGGCCCCGCGAGCCGCCGCGCCUACACCUGCUCGUCCCGCUUCCUUGACUUUUCUUCCUUUUCUUUUCGUGGGGGAAACCUACACCGGGUGACUCGGGCACAAGCCUCUCGAAGAAGGUGGCAUCCGGAGAACACGUCAAGCCGAUGACUCCCCGCCAGGCUCCUCUGUGACGCGCCGGAGACCGUGACCGCCCAGGACCCCCCCCCCCCCCCGUGGCCGCCCCGGGGGCGCCGUCUGAGCCGUGAACUGGCCUCUUCUAACAGGCGCGCGUGGCCGAGGCCUUAGUGGACACGGACGAGAAUUACUCAGAAGGGGGUACUUUUCCACUGUAUCUUUCUAGGGAGGGGUUAACAUGGUACUAUUAUGGUAUUGUGCUUUGGCUUAAACACCAAUGUUGCUUUGAUGUUGUUGGUUAUAAAUAGGAAUUUUUACACAUUACUGUUGUGAAUGUUUGUGUGUGACCUACUCGUAAUUAGCGUGAAUUAUAGCGGACAGCCUCGGGACAAGCGUCACUGAGGUGACAGUAAGUGUCUUUCUGCAAUCAGUGAUGGAAACUAGAUUCCUGUUUCAGAGCCUCAUGAAUGAAAAGCGAGGUGGACGAAAAGUGUGUUCUUCAAGUUUAUACUAAGGGGCUUGGAUGAGUAGAUUUGCACUAAAGGAAGUAGCCCUUCUAUCCUCUUGAGAAGAGAUGCAGAUACACAUCAGAAUAAAUCUCAGAACUCCAAGUAUCAGUUCAAAAUAUGUCAAAGAAUGUUUUUUUAUUUUUUGUUUCCUUCAUUGUAGGCACGUCUUCUAAACCCUUUGCAUAAAGAGCAACAACAACAAAAAUAAGCCAGGCAUAUGAAUUGUUCUUAACAGGUCUUACGGGAUGUCAAAUGUGAAUUUUAAUAAUGAUUUCUUUAUAUUUUCACUUGGUGUCAUUGCAAAAUUUUAGACUCACAUUCAAAGUGAGAGGUUUAUUCUAUGAAUUAUUUAAUUAAAAUACCAUACAUUUCUCUUAAAACCAAAUUAAACCAUACAAUUUAAGUCUUGUGUAAUUUUUACUUUGCUCUGCUGCACCCAUCCCCCGGUCUGGCCCCCGCUUUGUGCUCCCCGGUCACGCUUCCCAAGUGCUCUGUCCACGACGGGAGGGAGGAGAACACAGUGCGAACGCAUCGGCGCGGUUCUGUUCUCUCUCCUCUGCUCCAGUAUCAAGUGUCUACAUCCAAACCUAUAGUUUGGACAGUCUUCUGUAUAAUUUUUGUAGACUAAUAUUACUCUACAAUGUAAGUGUUCGGAAAAAAAAAAAAAAAAAAAAACCCACAAAAGUAGAGGUCUGGACCCCUUCCUGCAAGGAUUAUAAGCCAGUUACUUCUGGUGCACACGAAAGCUGUUGAGAUCUUAGCACAAUGGCAAGGUCACCUCCAGAGCUGUGUUUAGUCCUGACCUGAAGGACUGAGAGAACUAGAGUCUCAAGAAGUGAUCAGCAGAUCCGUAACAAACAGCUUAUCUGCUGUUCACUUGGCAGGAAACUGGAAUAUUACUUUUGAUCAAAUAAAAUUUUAAAAUAAUGCUUUUACAUAUUCAGUACUGUACACAUUGUUAUCCAUAUGGUUUUUGCAAAAAGAAAUCACAUGUUCCUACAACAUGACUUAAGUUGUAGCAGAGUUAGGUACAUAGAAACAUUGUUCUUAUUUUAAAACUAACACUAUGUAUGUGUUCAGUUUCCCUCUGGGCUUCUGAAAGUUGCCAUCUUCCCUCCCUGGCACUCCACUCGCUCUUAUGGUUAUACAAUAUGAGAUAAAAUGAAAGAUCUAAAGAGAGAAAUACCACCGUGGCUUGACACACACCUACGGAAGUACAUGUGUAUAAAGGAUAGAGAUGCAAACGCAUCUGCAGAAAGUAAAAGUCGGCCCCAUUCUUCAAAACCCGAUUUCUUUGUGUUGGAAAAUGUGAGCAGAAAAGUCCUUUUUUCAUGUUAGUGCAUUUAUGGAAUUGAAUUCUAAAAUGUUGCAUGUUUUUCUGCGCUCAGGUUUAUGAAACUGGACCCACCCAAUCAAAUUUCAGUCCCAAGAGUUAGUAUGGUCAUGUAUUGGAACUCGACUGACUCGAAAUACCACUGGAGACUGUUUAAUUAAACAGAUCUUAAACAAAUGCAUGAAUUUUGCUUUUUGAUGUAGGAAACAGUCCUGAGGGGAGGGAAUCUCAUGGCUAUUUUUGCUUUUUAAGAUUCCUUUUCUAAAAUUACUACCAAAAAUUCUCUUAUUUUGAUAGAGCUGUCUUAUAUUAUUGACCUUGUACCUGGAACAGUUUUCCAAAGAAACAUUCAUGGGUUUAUGGGUUGGUUGAUUUCUCUUGAUAUAUUGUCAUAAUCAAAGCAAAGUUCGAACAAAGGAAGGACUGUAUUCUAAUGUAAACUGUCAAUAUUCUUAAGAUCUAGUUAGGAAUCAUUUAGCAUAAAUAGGCUCAAGAUGCGGUGUUAUUUAGUCAAUAAUUUGCUUUGGAAAACAUGCAGUUAGCAGUAUUUUUGUAUUGGGGCAGAUAUACUUAGCAGACAAACUUUUGAGUUCUGUUCUCAUCUUUUUCCCAGAUCUUUUCUUGAAAAGGCAGAUGGUUUUUAUUACCAAAGGUUUUGACGAGUUUCUCAUGAAGGCAGCAUUUUAUAUUGGGCCCAAAUUUCCCCAUUCGGUAUAAAUUUGGUAGCCAGCUGUUCAAUUUGUGGAAGUUUUUAUUGGUUGUGCUGAUUUAUAACAGACACAAUUUUAUUGUCAAAUGCAAUUAUUUCAUUAAAUUCCCAGAGACAGUGAAUAAAAUUUUUAGCUAGAAAUUUUCUUGGAAAUGCAUGCCAGCAACACGAAAUACUGAAUGUAGGCAGAGGAAUAAAACUCUAAAAAUUGCAAGCAUCUUAUUAAUUAGCAGGUGACUUUGACUUAAUGAAUUAUUUUAAAUAAAAUGGAGGUGGAAAGUAAUUCUCAAAAACGGCCCUUUUCCCGGGGCAGGACUGAGAUCCAUUGCCCAGCUCUCGUUAUCCCCACGGGGCUCAUCAGAAGCGGUCAUGGGAGAGAGACCACGCAGAGCAGCUUACCGUAGCCGUCCUCAUCUGGACUCGUCCCUCCGCUGGAAGGAUGGGGUGCCACUGGAGGUGACUUUUCUCACGACGACGCAAACAGAACUACUUUGAAACAGGAUUUGUCCAGUGUAGGUUUCCUCUUCUUAGCAUGCUUUUCAGAUAGCUUUAGAUUUUUUUUAAGUUUUGUAUAGUCUCAGUGACUUUGCUUUACUGGUACGUUUGGGCACACUAGCUGUGUCUGUACAGGACACACAUAGACGCAUAAAACCUUAGCUCCCUGGAUUUUUAAUAGAUUUAGUUUGAAUAUUAUGUUUCUGGUCUUUUAACUCAAAAUUAAGGUUUGAGCUUUAACGGAACUAAAUUAUUCACCAUGCCUUGGCCUGUGCCUUUAUUUUAAAUACUAUAAUUUUAUUACCUUGUUCAUAUAUUUAUCAUUUUGCUUUUCUUGCUUAACUAGAACUAAAAACAUCUAAAGGGACAUAUCCAUGGUAAUUGGAUCAAACCGAGUGGAUAGGGCCAUUCUCUCCUGUCAGAAUCCUGUCCUUUAUUUGAUGUCAUUCUGAUGACUAGAAGCAGUGAACUGUUCAGAUGUCAUCUUUUUUGCAAGAACUUCCAAGAACUGUGACACAGUUACAGCGGGUGUGAUUUUUUUGGGUUUCAGGUACCUAUGCAUGAUUUAGAUUUUGAAAAUCACUUCUGACCUUUAUCUAUUUCAGACAUGUGUUUGCUUUCUACACUUUGCUGAUUUUAUUUAGGGUUUAAUUCUUUAAAGACUUACUCACUAAGUCACAUUAAUGUAUCCCUUUUAUUGCCUGACUUUAAAUUCUGUAGAAUGUAGCCUAGCGGAGUAUGCCGUCGGUUCUUGGCCCCUGCCUGUCAGCAGUGCAUGGCUAUUCUGUUCAAUCUUUGCACAGGUGUUUACCCUGAUACACAUUCUGCCCAUUUCUUUAAGCACUUAAUCUUAAGUUUCAAUUAGUGAUUCCCAAAGCAGCACUAUACCCUUUCUGGAUUUUGUCUUUUUUUGUCCCGGAUAUUUUGGUUGUCUGAAGCAUUAGACGCAUUUCUGUGAUGGUAAAAAUAGCAGAAAAGAAGGAAAGAAGUUUCAGUGGUGGUCUGGUUCUAAAGUAAAGGGGUGUGAUAAAGAGAAAGACAUUAAUGUUUCCCAGACAUGCUAUUUCUGAUUCCAAGAAGCAUCACUGUCUUCACCCGCCCGCUCCGACGCUCCCCCUCUUCAGCCCCGCAGCGGACAGCAGUGCCGUUUGCCUCUCGCAUCGCCGGACCUUGCUUUAAAGCGAGCGUGAGCAAUCGGUUGCUGAACGCGUGCAGACCCGUGUGUGCCGCUGCUGGGUCGCUGUCGUCGGAGGACCUGGCCUGCCGGUUAAGAGCUGAAUGCGAUGUGUCAAGUAGAGAAGUCAGUUUAUACACGUGCCCACUGCCAGCUGGUAGCCUGAGGUACUGUGUGUGCAGAAGUGUAAAUGGAAGGCUUUCAUUCCUGCUGCAAGGGAGGGUUGCGAAGUAUUACCUGGCCCUUCAGCUCACCUGAAAUAUGAUGAGACCAUGAGAGCUGCAGCGUUUGUUUUUCCUUUAGGCACUUGAAUAAUAAGCAGUCCUGUGCCAUCUCUUCAACAGCCAAUGUAAAUGCCACAGGGGAGCAUUAUUUCCCGUACGAUCUCGUGUAUGGUGUAUGUUCUACGCAUGCCUUUGGUGUGCACAUGGAAAGGUCAACAGAUUGAUCUGGAGAAGGUAUUUCUAGACAAUGCCCGGACCUAUUCACCUGACCCAACACAGUGACCCAUGUGAAAUCCUGUGCUUGCCCAAACACUGUGAAAGUUAUUAAAACUUAGAGAUAGGCAGCAUCUUGAAUCUUUCUGAAAAGGAAAGGUGGCUUUCUGUAGGAACAAAAGAAUCCUAUAUCCCUACCUAGUUCAGUUAUCCCCCGGGUUUGCCAGCUGUGAUCUUGCUGACCCCAUGCUGCUAAGGUGUAAGAUGGGUUAUAAGCUGUCCAAAAUACAGUGCACUUAACAGACCGACUUGUAGAGCCGAUGGCUCUACCACCAACAUUGUAGUGGGCUCUCUUUUGGAAGGAGAAAAGAUUUCAAGUUAAUAAUAUCCGAUUUCGUUGUAGUUGAUGAGUUAGCAAACAAAACAAUUAUUUUAUAUGUAUGACAUAUAAAACAUCUUUGUAAAAUGCACAAGUGCAAUAAUUUAAAGAGGUCUUAACUUUGCAUUUAUAAAUUAUAAAUAUUGUACAUGUGUGUAAUUUUUCAUGUAUUCAUUUGCAGUCUUUGUAUUGAAAGAAACCUUUACCGUUACGUUUGUAUAAUAGAGCAGUAAUCAUUUAUUAUAACCGAGGCACGUUGUAAAUAAAUUCAUAAUUCAAACUGCCGGUAUAUAUGCAUAUAUGGGCAUGACACUGCAAAAUGGAGCUUUGAUUUUACUUACAUGCUUAGGACAGCCAGAAAUUUUUUGUCGAUAUGUAACUAUACAUACAAAGUAUAUAUAUGUAUGAUACAUGAAAUAUAUGUAGAGAUGUUCAUAAUUUUAAUGGCUAUCCUUUGGUGUGAAUAAUCGAAUACAGAGUUUUUGAAAUA